GAUACUACCGCAGUGCUGAGCCGCACACUGCGAAGUCCGCACGGUUGCUUUACGGGCCAACUGACGUUAAGUUUAAUCGGACGUUGUGCUACCUGUCAUCGAGUUCGAAAUUUGAACGAACCACAUCCAGACAUGAGUUAUUUGGAAAAAAUGGACAAAUAUUUGGAUUCCUUAAAAGUUGGUAAAAGCGCUUUAGUGGAUUCCUGGUUCAUGAUGUCCGGUCCAGUGCCCAUAAUGUUAGUGGUGAUCGUAUACUUGAUAGUGAUACGUGUUGGACCCAAGAUCAUGAAGAACCGGCCGCCUUUAAUAAUGAACAAGCUGAUUGCAUAUUACAACGCAGCACAAGUACUUUUAGCAAGUGCAAUUUGUACUAAAGCAUUUAAACUGGAGCUAUUCAAAGACGGAAUACUUUAUGCGGGAUGCCGGUAUCCUCAUUUCAAUCAAAACUCAUCCUUAAUGGAUCUAGGCUGGUGGUAUUUCUUCGCAAAAUUCACUGAAUUGUUGGAUACAGUAUUUUUUGUACUACGAAAAAAAGAAAAACAGAUAACAUUUCUCCACGUCUAUCAUCACGUGAUAAUGGCGUUAUAUUCUUGGAGUUAUUUGAAAUUUGCAGCAGCAGGCGACGGUGCAAUAUUGGCCCUCUUAAAUUCUAUAGUGCAUGUGGUCAUGUAUACUUAUUAUUUGCUAUCUGGUCUCGGACCAAGAUUCCAAAAGUAUCUUUGGUGGAAGAAGUACGUGACUAAAUUACAACUGACGCAAUUCAUUUUGAUGCUCCUGUACUGCGUCUGGACACAUUUCUCACCGCGAUGCCAAUACGCUGCUCCAUUUACUUACUUUAUAUCAGCUAACGUGACAAUCUUUCUUGUACUCUUCUUGAAUUUCUACGCUAAAAGUUACAAAAAUAGAAAAGGCUCUGAGAAGAAAAUUGAAAGUGAUCAAACUACUCGAAAUGGAUUCUCAAGUGGUAUCUGUAAGCCUAAUGGAAUAACACCAGAUAAAUUAGAGGAAAACGGAGUAAGCAAACGUGAUUGCAAGAGUAGUGGAGAAUUAGAAGAAAUUCCCUAUGAAGUUAAUAAAGGAUGUGGUGACUAUACGAAAGACGGAAAAGUUUUUAUGACAAGACGCACAGCUAAAGCUGCUUUCGGUCCAGAGUAUGAUUUCGACAGUAUAAUAGCUAAAUGAUUCGCUUUCAGAGACUAUGGUUAGGAUGGUUCAAUUGAGACUGAUGAUUGUGAUGAACUGAUGAAGCCGGUUUUAAAAUAGAUAUAAGACAUAGGAAAGGAGGGGUAAUUUUAAGUGCUCGUAGGUUUGUACUUAGUUACAAGUAUAAUUUCCAAGUAAGAGCUCUUUCCAUUUGGGUCCAGUAAUGAAUUAUAUUCGUGGAGGAAUACAUUAAAAUUAUAAGUGUAUAAAAUUAUGAUUAGGUAAGAUUGACUGGUUCUUUGGUUCUUAACAGGAAUCUAAGAUAGUGAAUUAUUAUCAGAAAAAUGGCGCGUUAAGUAGAAUUGCUGUCUCUAAAGAUUAACCCCUUAUUCAUAAAAAUAUUAAACCUUAUAAACAUAAAUUUAUUUUAGCUAUUAAAAUAUUUUCUUCCUUUUGUGCAAAAUUUUUAGUUUGAACGAAAAUGGCAAGCAAUGUGGUAGUUAAAAUAAGUUUGUAGAAAGCAUUAGUUUUCAUGAACUAGCGGGUAAAGUUCGGUUAGUUUUUGCCAUUACAUUGAAAAUAUUGUAUAGUAGCAUUGAAUUACGAAUACACGUUAAAUUUGAAAUCCUAAUAUUCGUAGAUUACAAUUAAAUAUUUCCUUCAAUUGAUCUCUGAAGUUAUAAUUGUAUUGGAAAAAAUGGUAUCUAAAUUAUUAAUUUGGUAAAUAUUUUUAAAUUUAAGUCUAAUUUAAUUUGAUCCGUUAGGUUUAUAUUAUUUUCAUUACGGACGUCAGAAAUAAUUUAUAUUUUAUUAUAUAUCUAAAACAUAUAAAGCCCUAUUUAUAAGCUGAUCAUAGAUUUAUUUAGCUUAUUUGGCAUUGUUUUUAAGAUUAUUAAAUUACUAGAGUAAUAUAGCAUUGCUUUAAUUAUUAAACUUGAUUGAUAUGUUAAUUUAUUUUGACAUGUAAUCCAAAUUCACUGCUAAUAACUGGGUUGGAUAAUGAGUAAUAAAAAUCAAUGAAAUUAGAUAAAAUUCGAAAGAGCUCUUGCCCAUGUCUCGUUGUUAUUUGAAUUCCAAAAAUGAUCAAGUUACAGGACAAAUUCUAAAACGUUGGCAUAUCGUAGUUUAUAAUCGCAAAUGAAUUUUACGCUGUUGAAACAAUUUAAACCUUAAAAGUGAGAAUAAACGCUUUACCGGGAAAAAAUAUAUAUAAAUAUUUAUAAUAAUUGCCAAUCGCACAAUUAAUUGUAAUUUAGUUUGUAAGAUUAACUACAUGAAUGCCUUUGCUAUUAACUAUAUAGAAAAAAGCUUAAAAUUUCAAAGUAGAUUUUAAUUUGCAAUGAAAAUUGGAAAAACAUUAAUUUCUUCUUUAAUGAAUUAAUUGCUUGACUAGAACUUUCUCUCUUAGUAAUAUUAAAUAGUUCAAUUAUCUUGUAGUUUGUAUUUAGUAGUACAAUAAUAAUUUACAUUAUUCCCUCCUCGAUUAAAAUCAGUUUAGUUUCUUUUAAUUUUUAGAUUAAAAAAAUCUCUUUUGUGUGAUUUUAAUUAAACUGUUAUUAAUUCAUACUAGUAAUUAUGGCUGUUAAAACUAACUAAAACUUUGUCAUUAUUUUUAUAUUAGUUAUUACUUAUAACUAAUUUUUCUUAUCUUAGUGUAUAAAUUUUUAGAAUCCCAAUUCAUAAUUUGUAAUUUUUUCAAGGAUACUAAUAUAGAGGAUAAUAAGUCACAAUAGUUAUUUGUUCUUAUUUAGUAAUAGGUAUGUCACUAACUAAAUUUCUUAGUUUUGUUUCCAAGUUCUUACUUUGAGGCAAAAUUUUCACGGACACUAAACGUAAAAAUACCAAAAUAUACAUAUUUUUAAUAGUUGUGCUUGGCUGUGUUUCGGUUUGAAGGAUGGGAUAUGGCAGUGAAUUUACAGAGUACAGAACAAUAACACCUGAAUCCUCAAGAGUCUUAGGAAGUAAGGCUUUUAUUAACUUUGAAAAUUCAUCAUCAUCAUUUCAGCCUUUAACUGUCCACUGCUGAACAUAAGCCUUCCUCAUAAGGGGAGUUUUGCCAGUAGACGCCACGCUUGGCAGGCAAGUAGGCAACCGCAGUUAGGCUUUGGGAGAUGUUUUAAGAGGGACACUGCUGCCCAUCUCUCCACUCUAAGUUCUCUUAGUCGCCUCUUACGACACCCACGGGAAAGGAAGGGGGGUGGCCUAUUCUAUGCCGGGACCACAUGGCUAUUUUCAUUAUUUAAUUUUUAAUAUAAUUAUAACUGUUAAGUAUCCGAGAAGAUGUUUUUCAUUAGUUAAAUAAUUGCUUACAAUUCGUUCUCUGUUUACUAUUAUUGAUAUUCGACUAUACUUGUACUAAUCGGACCAACACAAUAUUAAGUUUUAGUGUUAUAUAAUUUUUAAUUCAACAUAUAUCUUUGUAAAAACAAAUUGCGUAAUGACAAAAUAAACAUGUAACAAGAAACUUCAACUAAUAAGUAUUGAAUUGUUUGUGAAAUGGGACGCGUAAAAUAUUGUGAAAUUGUCAGUGUGUUGUGGUGUUACUACCUAGCAACUGUUAUUAUUUUUAAACUGCAUACGCUUUGUAAAUAAAUAGAUUUAAUUCAAAUUUUCAAAAAUUCUACUAAGUUUCUAACGACACCAAAUUACGAU